AUGGGCAGCAGAAAUCCAACUACAUUAAUGCACGUACCGGACGAACAGUUUGAUUAUUUAUUUAAAAUAGUUCUUAUCGGUGACUGUGGAACUGGAAAAACAUGCAUUGUGCAGCGAUUAAAAUCUGGAAAUUUUAUUGAAAGACACGGUAACACAAUAGGCGUGGAUUUCUCAAUGAAAACACUAAUUAUAGACGGGAAGAAGGUCAAGCUUCAAAUUUGGGAUACUGCUGGCCAGGAACGAUUUAGGACUAUAACACAGAGUUAUUAUAGGUCUGCAAAUGGAGUUAUAAUAGUGUAUGACAUAACCAAGAGGUCAACCUUCUUAUCCUUAAAAAAGUGGAUAGAGGAAGUGAAAAGAUACACAUCAUCAAAUGUUAUAGUCUCAUUAAUUGGCAACAAAUGCGACCUUGCUGAUCAGAGGGAAGUAGAACCAGAGGAGCCGAAAUCCUUUUGUCGCUAUGUCCCGGAGAUCAUGUUUGUCAUGGAGACUUCAGCAAAGGACAACACAAAUGUGGAGGACACUUUUUAUGAUUUAGCUACAGAAUUGAAGCGCCUGCACGAUAGUAGUGAAGGUCCUCCAGCUGAUACAGGUGCUGUUAUCUUAGGAGAAAGCCAUUCAGUAAGCAGUAGGUGUCAACCUUGCCGUUCUUAG